UGGAGCCGGAGUCACUUAUCGGAAUUCAGGGUUUUAAGCCUUUCCAUUCAGCAGCCCUUGUGUUUUCCCGACUGCGCUCGGUUGCGGUGCAAACGAGCUCGGUGACAACGCAGCGCGCCGGAGUUCACACACUCGCCUGUCCCGCUUUUACUGAGCUGCAUCUGGGUCUGACUGCGCUUCCGCCAUGUUGAACCGAGUCAAGUUGUGAGUGACUGCUGGGACCGAAGUGACAAGCCCUAGAAAUCGGACUAGACAGAGUUAGGGGGCUGUUACCGCGCCGGUGACGCAGGAAAAACACCCAGAAGCAGAGGGAAAAACCGUAGGAAUUAGACCUUUCCGGUAACAGCUUUGUGUCCUGCGAAACUGUCACCGAUAUAGGCCACGUUUAUGUAAUAUACGACGACACCAUCGUUGAAGGCUGGACGGAGCCCGUGGAUAGAGGGGCAAGUCAUAUCAAAUUCCUGGUUAUGCAAUGGUCUCAUCGGCACAUCCAGAUCUCCAGGUGCUUGUGUCCCUCUCUCGUGUGUUCGGGCUCUCUUCCCUCUGCUCUACAGCUGAGGUGGCUGUGAUUUCCCUCCUGGCCAGCGCUCCCUAAGAGGCCAAGAUUGCCAAGAUCUGCCCUGUGGCGAGCAUGACGGCCACCACUCGUGGCUCUCCGGUGGGGGGCAAUGACAGUCAGGGCCAGGGCCAGGCACCUGACGCUCAAAGCCAACCCCCACUGCCACAGAACCAGACGUCAUCUCCUAACUCAUCUAAUGAGAACUCUCCAGUGAGCCCACCAGAUGAGCAGGCUCAGGAGGAUGGGCCCCCUCAGCUGGAAGAGGAGGAGCCUGCUUUCCCUCAAACUGACCUAGCAAAGCUGGAUGACAUGAUCAACAGGCCUCGUUGGGUUGUUCCAGUUUUGCCAAAAGGAGAGUUGGAAGUCCUCUUGGAAGCUGCUAUAGACCUGAGUAAAAAAGGACUGGAUGUGAAGUGUGAGGCAUGUCAGAGGUUUUUCCGAGAUGGUCUGACCAUCUCUUUCACAAAGAUCCUGACAGACGAGGCAGUCAGUGGCUGGAAAUUUGAGAUUCAUAGGUGUAUUAUCAAUAACACACACCGAUUGGUGGAGUUGUGUGUGGCCAAGCUCUCUCAGGACUGGUUCCCUCUACUAGAGCUUCUGGCCAUGGCCGCCAACCCUCACUGCAAGUUCCACAUCUAUAAUGGCACAAGGCCCUCUGAGACGGUCCCCGCUGGAGCACAGCUGGCUGACGACGAGCUCUUUGCCCGACCACCAGACCCACGAUCUCCCAAGGGAUGGUUGGUCGACCUAAUAAACAAAUUUGGCACGUUAAACGGGUUUCAAAUGUUGCACGAUCGCUUCAUGAGCGGCCAAGCACUGAACGUCCAGAUCAUCGCUGCACUUAUCAAGCCUUUUGGCCAGUGUUAUGAGUUCCUCACAUUGCACACGGUAAAGAAGUACUUCCUUCCAGUCAUCGAGAUGGUUCCUCAGUUUCUAGAGAAUCUCACAGAUGAGGAGCUGAAGAAAGAGGCAAAGAAUGAAGCCAAAAACGACGCACUGUCCAUGAUAAUCAAGUCUCUGAAGAAUCUGGCUUCUCGUGUACCGGGGCAGGAGGAGACCGUGAAGAAUUUAGAGAUUUUUAGGUUAAAAAUGAUUCUUAGGUUAUUGCAAAUUUCUUCUUUUAAUGGCAAAAUGAAUGCACUAAACGAAGUUAACAAGGUGAUCUCCAGUGUGUCCUACUACACUCAUCGGCAUAACCCUGAGGAGGAGGAGUGGCUGACUGCAGAGCGCAUGGCGGAGUGGAUCCAGCAGAACCACAUCCUGUCCAUUGUGCUCAGGGACAGUUUGCACCAGCCGCAGUAUGUCGAGAAACUGGAGAAGAUCCUUCGCUUCGUUAUCAAAGAGAAAGCUCUUACAAUGCAGGAUCUGGAUAAUAUCUGGGCUGCACAGGCUGGUAAGCAUGAGGCUAUUGUGAAGAAUGUCCAUGACCUUCUGGCCAAGCUGGCAUGGGACUUCUCACCUGAGCAGCUCGAUCACCUCUUUGACUGUUUCAAGGCAAGCUGGACCAAUGCCAGCAAGAAGCAGCGUGAAAAGCUGCUGGAACUUAUCCGGCGCUUGGCUGAGGAUGAUAAGGAUGGUGUGAUGGCCCACAAGGUCCUCAACCUGCUGUGGAACCUGGCACACAGCGAUGAUGUGCCUGUAGACAUCAUGGACCAGGCUCUUAGUGCUCACAUCAAGAUUUUGGAUUACAGUUGCUCACAGGACAGAGACACACAGAAAAUCCAAUGGAUAGAUCGCUUCAUAGAGGAACUACGGACCAACGAUAAAUGGGUGAUCCCUGCCCUGAAGCAAAUCAGAGAAAUCUGUAGCCUCUUUGGUGAAGCUCCUCAAAACCUUAGAAAGAAAAUGCCAAUUAACAUACAAACGAACUUAGUGGGUCAAACCCAGAGAAGUCCUCAUGUGUUCUACCGACAUGACCUGAUCAACCAGCUGCAGCACAAUCACGCUCUGGUGACCCUAGUGGCUGAGAAUCUCUCAGCCUACAUGGAGACCAUGAGGCAGUUCUCCAAAGAAGAGCAAGCUGAGUUUGACCCCCAGACUGUCAGGCCAGGAAGCCGCUACAGCCAUGUCCAGGAAGUACAGGAGCGGCUCAACUUCCUGAGGUUCUUGCUAAAGGAUGGCCAGUUGUGGCUCUGUGCCCCUCAGGCCAAGCAGAUCUGGAAGUGUCUGGCUGAGAAUGCAGUGUUCCUUUGUGACCGUGAGGCCUGCUUCAAAUGGUACUCCAAGCUGAUGGGUGAUGAGCCAGACCUGGACCCGGACAUCAAUAAGGACUUCUUUGAGAACAACGUCCUGCAGUUGGACCCGUCUCUGCUGACGGAGAAUGGCAUGAAGUGCUUUGAGAGGUUCUUCAAGGCUGUCAACUGCAGGGAAGGCAAGCUGGUAGCAAAGCGCAGGGCCUACAUGAUGGAUGACCUGGAACUAAUAGGCUUGGACUACCUUUGGAGGGUGGUGAUUCAAGGAAGUGAUGAUAUCGCAAGCCGAGCAAUAGACCUGCUAAAAGAGAUUUAUACCAACCUCGGACCCAAACUACAAGUUAAUCAGGUUGAAAUUCAUGAAGAUUUCAUCCAGUCAUGUUUUGACCGUCUGAAGGCCUCCUACGACACCCUGUGUGUGUUGGACGGAGACAAAGACAGCAUCAAUUGUGCCCGUCAGGAAGCCAUCCGCAUGGUGCGAGUUCUUACUGUGCUCAAAGAGUACAUCAAUGAGUGUGACAGUGACUACCACGAGGAGAGGACUAUACUGCCCAUGUCCAGAGCCUUCCGUGGGAAGCAUAUCACGUUGAUCGUGCGUUUUCCCAACCAGGGGCGUCAGGUAGAUGACCUGGAUAUCUGGUCACACACCAAUGACACAAUUGGCUCAGUUCGCCGUGGCAUCCUGACUCGGAUCAAGGCAAACGCUGCACAUACCAAGAUAGAGCUCUUUAUUGGUGGCGAGGUGGUCGAUCCGGCUGAUGACAGGAAGUUAAUUGGACAGCUCAACUUGAAGGACAAAACGUUGAUCACGGCCAAGCUGACACAGGUGAGUGCCAACAUGCCUUCAAGCCCAGACAGCUCCUCUGACUCAUCCACUGGCUCUCCUGGUAACCACGGCAACCACUUCAGCGAUGGGCCCAACCCUGAGGUUGAGGGCUGUCUUCCUGGUGUGAUUAUGUCGCUGCAUCUGCGCUACAUCUCCUUCCUGUGGCAGGUGGCUGACCUGGGCUGCAACCUCAAAAUGCCCCUGCUUAGAGAUGGCGCUCGAGUUCUUAUGAAACUCAUGCCGCCAGAUAAUACAACAGUUGAGAAUCUGAGAGCUGUGUGUCUGGACCACGCCAAACUUGGUGAGAACAGCCUCAGCCCCUCACUGGACUCCCGCUUCUUCGGCCCCUCCCCCUCACAAGUGCUCUACCUCAUUGAGGUUGUGUAUGCUUUACUGAUGCCUGCCAGUGCCACUCUUGGCGAGGAUGCCAGUGACUUCCAGUACAACUUCUUGAAGAGUGGUGGGCUACCCCUGGUGCUGAGCAUGCUCACCAGGAACAACUUUCUACCAGCAGCAGAUAUGGAGACAAGACGUGGGGCGUACCUCAACGCUCUAAAGAUUGCCAAGCUCCUCCUGACCUCUGUGGGCUUUGGUCAUGUGAAGGCUGUGGCUGAGGCCUGCCAGCCCAAUGCUGAGGGAAAUAUUCCUGUCUCUCCGAUAAACCAGGCCACUCAUGACCAGGCCCUGGUCCUCCAGAGUGCCCUGCAAAACAUCCCCAACCCUGCGUCAGAAUGCAUGCUGCGCAAUGUAGCCAUCCGCCUGGCCCAGCAGAUUUCUGAUGAGAAUUUCUUCCAGGCAUCAAAGUACAUCCCAGACAUUUGUGUGAUCCGAGCAGUACAGAAAAUUGUGUGGGCAUCAGGCUGUGGUACGGUGCAGCUCGUCUUCAGCUCCAAUGAAGAAAUCAGCAAAAUAUACGAGAAGACAAAUGCAGCUAAGGAGCCAGAUGGGGAAGAUGAGCAGGUGUGCUGCGAGGCCCUGGAAGUGAUGACACUGUGUUUCGCCCUCAUGCCCACGGCUCUGGACACACUCAGUAAGGAGAAGGCUUGGCAGACCUUCAUCAUAGACCUGCUGCUACACUGCCACAGCAAAUCUGUUCGUCAGAUGGCUCAGGAGCAGUUUUUCCUGAUGGCAACUCGGUGUUGUAUGGGCCAUCGACCCCUCCUCUUCUUCAUCACCCUCCUCUUUACUGUGUUGGGGAGUACAGCCAAGGAGCGAGCCAAACAUGCUGGGGACUACUUCACGUUGCUCAGACAUCUGCUGAACUAUGCCUAUAACAGUAACAUCAACCUGCCAAAUGCUGAGGUGCUGCUCAACAAUGAGAUUGACUGGCUGAAGAGGAUAAGGGACGAGGUUAAGAGGACAGGGGAGACUGGUGUGGAGGAGACCAUCCUGGAGGGACACCUUGGGGUCACCAAAGAACUUCUAGCCUUCCAGACACCAGAGAAGAAGUAUUACAUUGGCUGUGAGAAGGGAGGAGCGAACCUCAUUAAGGAGCUGAUUGAUGACUUCAUUUUCCCAGCAUCAAAUGUUUACCUGCAGUACAUGAAAAGCGGGGAAUUUCCUACUGAGCAAGCCAUCCCAGUGUGCAGCACCCCUGCUUCCAUCAACGCAGGCUUUGAGCUCCUGGUAGCACUGGCGGUCGGCUGUGUUCGCAACCUCAAACAGAUAGUCGACACUCUGACUGACAUGUACUACUUAGGUUGUGAAACAUUGACAGAGUGGGAGUACUUGCCUCCGGUGGGGCCACGGCCAAACAAAGGCUUUGUAGGACUGAAGAACGCUGGGGCCACCUGUUAUAUGAACUCUGUCAUUCAGCAGCUGUACAUGAUCCCUCCCAUCCGCAAUGGCAUCCUGGCCAUCGAGGGCACAGGCACUGAUGUGGACGAUGACAUGUCAGGGGAUGAGAAGCAGGAGAAUGAGAGUAACGUGGAUCCUCGUGAUGAGGUUUUCAGCUACCACCAUCAGUUUGAUGAUAAGCCCUCUAGUAAGUCAGAGGACAGGAAAGAGUACAACAUUGGGGUCCUGCGCCACCUACAGGUCAUCUUUGGCCAUCUGGCUGCGUCCAGACUGCAGUAUUAUGUCCCUAGGGGAUUCUGGAAACAGUUCAGGUUAUGGGGUGAGCCGGUGAACUUGAGAGAGCAACACGAUGCUCUGGAGUUUUUCAACUCUUUGGUGGACAGUCUGGAUGAAGCUCUGAAAGCUCUGGGUCACCCUGCCAUGCUCAGCAAGGUGCUGGGAGGGUCCUUUGCUGACCAGAAGAUCUGUCAGGGAUGCCCCCACAGGUAUGAGUGUGAGGAGUCAUUCACAACACUCAACGUAGACAUCAGAAACCACCAGAACCUGCUGGACUCCAUGGAGCAGUAUGUUAAAGGAGACCUGCUGGAGGGAGCCAACGCCUACCACUGUGAGAAGUGUAAUAAGAAGGUGGACACGGUGAAACGCCUGCUGAUUAAGAAGCUGCCGCCAGUCCUCGCCAUCCAGCUGAAGCGCUUUGACUACGACUGGGAGCGGGAGUGUGCCAUCAAGUUCAACGACUACUUUGAGUUCCCCAGGGAGCUGGACAUGGAGCCUUACACGGUAGCGGGUGUGGCCAAGUUAGAGGGUGAUGACGUUAAUCCAGAGAACCAGGUGAUCCAACAGAAUGAGCCCUCUGAACCCACGCCCCCAGGCAGCUCCAAGUAUCGCCUGGUGGGAGUGCUGGUCCACUCAGGCCAGGCCAGCGGCGGACACUACUACUCCUACAUAAUCCAAAGGAAUGGGGGUGAUGGUGAAAAGAACCGCUGGUAUAAGUUUGACGAUGGGGACGUGACUGAGUGUAAAAUGGACGAUGAGGAGGAGAUGAAGAAUCAGUGCUUUGGAGGAGAAUACAUGGGCGAGGUAUUCGAUCACAUGAUGAAAAGGAUGUCUUACCGGAGGCAGAAGCGAUGGUGGAAUGCCUACAUCCUAUUCUAUGAGCGUAUGGACUCACUGGACAAGGACAGCGAGCUUGUCAAAUACAUCUCAGAGCUGACCAUCUCCUCCACCAAGCCAAAUCAGGUCAAGAUGCCUGGUGUCAUCGAGUGCAGCGUCCGCAAGCAGAACGUCCAAUUCAUGCACAACCGAAUGCAAUACAGCCUGGAAUAUUUCCAAUUCAUUAAGAAACUUCUGACCUGUAACAGUGUCUAUUUAAACCCUCCUCCAGGACAAGACCAUCUUCUGCCAGAGGCAGAGGAGAUUGCUAUGAUAAGUGCUCAGCUGGCUGCUAGGUUUCUCUUCAGCACAGGUUUCCACACCAAGAAAGUAGUUCGGGGUCCUGCCAGUGACUGGUAUGAUGCCCUCUGCAUCCUGCUGAGACACAGUAAGAAUGUACGCUAUUGGUUUGCACACAACGUUCUGUUUGCUUACCCUAACCGGUUCUCCGAGUACCUGCUUGAGUGCCCGAGUGCUGAGGUCCGUGGAGCAUUCGCCAAGCUCAUCGUCUUCAUCGCUCACUUCUCCCUGCAAGAUGGCCCCUGUCCCUCCCCCACCGCCUCGCCUGGACCCUCUACUCAGGGCUGUGAUAACCUCAGUCUCAGUGACCACCUGUUAAGAGCUGUACUCAACCUGCUCAGAAGAGAGGUGUCUGAACACGGCCGUCACCUGCAGCAGUACUUCAACCUCUUUGUCAUGUACGCCAACCUGGGUUUGGCAGAAAAGACUCAGCUGCUGAAACUUAACGUUCCUGCCACUUUCAUGUUGGUCGCUCUGGACGAGGGUCCCGGCCCUCCCAUUAAAUACCAGUAUGCUGAGCUGGGCAAGCUUUACACUGUGGUUUCCCAGCUGGUCCGCUGCUGUGAUGUCUCAGCGCGCAUGCAGUCCUCCAUCAAUGGUAACCCUGCUCUUCCUAACCCGUAUGGGGACACCAACCUGACUACCCCAGUGAUGCCUGUGCAGCAGCUGGUGGCAGAGAUCCUUUUUGUGCGGACCAGCUACGUGAAGAAGAUCAUUGAAGACUGCAGCAACUCUGAGGAGACUGUGAAGCUGCUUCGCUUCAGCUGCUGGGAGAAUCCUCAGUUCUCCUCCACUGUGCUCAGUGAACUGCUCUGGCAGGUGGCGUACUCCUACACCUAUGAGCUGAGGCCUUACCUGGACUUGCUGCUACAGAUCCUGCUCAUCGAGGACUCGUGGCAGACACAUAGGAUCCACAAUGUGCUGAAGGGAAUUCCAGAUGAUCGAGAUGGUCUUUUUGACACCAUCCAGCGCUCCAAGAACCACUAUCAGAAGCGAGCCUACCAGUGCAUCAAGUGCAUGGUGGCACUGUUCAGCAACUGCUCUGUCGCUUAUCAGAUCCUACAGAGUAAUGGUGACCUGAAGCGAAAGUGGACGUGGGCAGUCGAGUGGUUAGGGGACGAGCUGGAGAGGAGGCCAUACACAGGCAACCCCCAGUACACCUACAACAACUGGUCCCCACCAGUUCAGAGCAACGAGACCUCCAAUGGAUAUUUCCUGGAGCGUUCGCACAGUGCACGCAUGACACUGGCCAAGGCCUGUGAACUCUGUCCUGAAGAGCUCAAGUGUACUCAGGAAAGCCCAGGGAAGGAGCCGGAUGAACAGGAAGCACCUGAUGAUCAAGACUCCUCCCCACCCGAGGACACGUCUCUGUACCCACAUUCUCCUGGAACCACCCAGUUUCAGCAGAACAACCAUCCUCAUGGUCAGCCGUAUACCGGACCUGCUGCUCAGCACAUGAACAACCCCCAGCGUCCUGGUCCUGCCUCUGCCCCGACUCCUGGCCCGACCCAGACCACCACCACCACCACCACCACCCCCACCCUCACCCCCGGCCCUGGACCAUGCCCUGGAUCUGGACCAGGCCCUGGACCCGGAUCUGGACCCAGUCCUGGCCCAGGCCCGAGAGCACAAGAGAACUGGGAGAGCACUGAGGAGGUCACCCCUGCCCCUGCCCUAGCCCCAGCUCCAGCCCCUGCCUCCACCACCCCGGCACCUGCCCCGCCUAAGGAGUAACAAUCCCUCCCCUCCUCUGCUGUGCCUCGAGCCUCCAUCGUCUCGCUCUCCUUCCUCUCAUCCUUUUGGUCGACAGAGCUCCUCAUCGGGCCUCUCUCUCUCUCUUUCUCUCUCUCUGGGCCCCAGGACAGGGCAGAGCCGGGCCCACCACCCACUCCAGGGCGCGUCUGUCUCUCUCCCGUCAGCCUGAGGGAGGCGCUCUUCCCUGGCCUGGGGCUGCCUGACCGUGUGACAGGGGCCUGGCAGUUUGGCUGCAGAGGCGAGGGAGUGGACAAGAGUUCUAAUAAAGAAAAACAAAUUAAAGUCAGAGCUGACGAUGCUGAUGCGCUUGUCUACACGACGAAAAGGUGUACAUAGUAUCUUAAUGUUUUUGACUGUUCAGGUCCCCCAGUAGCAUAACUCUGUGUGGUUUGCUGUUGGGAGAUGUUGCAGAUAUUAUAAAAAACAAAAAUGGAUAUUAUAAAUAAGAAAAAAGCCCAAAAAAACUGUAAGAAGACAACAACUCCUCUUUGUUUUAUCACCCAUGCUCGGCAGUAAAGUUUGUUCUACCAUCGGACGGUUACUGGUCAUUCAACUGUAGAAAGAUGCAUUGUUAUUAUCAUAAUUAAUAUUAUUAUUCUUAAGCUCCUUGGUGACUUUCUGUCCCAAAUCAACUCACGAGCUGUGGUUGGUUUUAUUGUGAGAUAUGGAAUGGUUGGGUGGACUUCUACGGUGUUUGGUUGAUGUGAAAAAGCAGUGAUGCAACCUUGUUCUGAAACUCAUUGCCUUUCUUUUUUUUUUUUUUUUCUUUGUUUUCUUUUCUUUUGUUCUGGUAAUUAAUUCAAUCCUUUUUGAAGCUCUAGUUAAUAUGCUGUAACAUUUAGCAUGGCUUCUCACCAGAAUAGUGUAGCCCAAGGGAAGACUUGUGAUCAUAACAACCUGAAGCUGUUCUUAAUCCACAUCUCCAGAGGGGUAUCGUUACCCAUAGGUUUUUUUUCUUUCCUUUUUUUUGUUUGUUUUUGUGUUAUUUUUUUUUCUACUCAUCUACCCGAUCUACAAUGAGGGCGAUAUUUUGAACCAAUGUAUGAAUAAGUGGCUUUUCAAUUGCUCAUCAUAAUCCUACGACUUUACAUUUGGCAGCCAGUUUUGAUGGGAUAGACAGCUUAGCUUUCAUCUAUAGGAAUUCUGACAAAUGAAAACACAUAUGCAACAGAAUUGCUGCACUGGGCUGAUCUGGUGUAUAAUAGACUGUGUGGUUUGCUUCUGUCUCUUCAAUAGAGCCUAGUUGUAGACAGACUUGUUGCCCAUCGGCUUCCUCUCCGCCAUGGAGCCGGUCAGGCUUUUUCGCCGUCUGGCUGCGGUUCGGGAUGAAGCGGCCGAUCCUGAGCGCCAGCGAGACCCUCGUCCUCUCGCUCCAUGGAGAUUAGGUUCCACAGCGGGGUCCCUAAUGUAAGAAUAGCAGCUGGUUAGUCACGUUUCAACUCGAGCUAACUUGUAAUUCUGUAGGAGUAAAAGGUAAACAUCAGUAAAUACUGUAUUUAAUUGGUAACUUGAAUGCGUGUAUUUUUUGAUUUUUUUUUUCUUUUUUUUGUCUAAAACAUACCAAAUACUCCUGCAAAUGAAAAUAUUCUGCCCACCGUAUUAUAUUUAAAUAUUUUGCUCUUAUUUUAUAGAAUUUAUUUUGUUGUAUUUCACUAAAAAUAGAAUUUGAUUUAAGAGGAACAUUUUUGUCCUUGUGUUAUUUUUAAAGAAGAUAUUGACUGUACAGAGUUCUGCGCCCUGUUUUUUGCCGACUUUUGUUUUGGCCAUGGUGUGACGUUGAAUUCUGGAGCUACAGUCGCGAUGUGGACUUUCACUUUGUGAGGUUUUUUGUGCACAGAAAUAUAACAAAAAAAAGCAUUGCGCCCUUAGCAAAUAAAGAACAUGGAAUCUUG